CUCAACCAUCAUCUCAUCUCUCACAUUUCUACUCUCAUCAUCCCAAACACAGAGAAAUUAAAUCUUCAUUCAAUUUCAAGUUUUGAUUUAGUCCCAGUAUGACAAUGCUCAUGAAAAGAAGCAGAGACUACGCCGGCGUCGAGGCUGAGGCCAUGGCGAAUUGCCUCAUGCUUCUGGCGCACGUUGGCCGGAAUUCUUCUUCUUCUUCUUCUUCUCCGGUGGCGUCGAAGGAUCUCUGUUCUUUCCAGUGUAAGACGUGCGACAAGAAGUUCUCGUCGUUCCAGGCGUUGGGCGGGCACAGGGCGAGCCACAAGAAGCCGAAGCUGGCGGCUCCGGCGGCCGGAGAGCAAGAGAGUUCGCCGGAGAAGUCGAAGAUGCACCGAUGCUCCAUAUGCGGGCUUGAGUUUGCGAUGGGGCAGGCGUUGGGUGGGCACAUGAGGAGACACCGGGCGGCCAUGAUGAAGGACGGGUUUGAGAAGCCGCCGGCGACGGCGAUGGCGAUGGCGAUGGCGGUUCCGGUGUUGAAGAGGACGACUAGUAGCAAGAGAAUUUUUGGGUUUGGAUUGAAUUUGGAUCUCAACCUGACGCCGGCUGAGAAUGAUGAUGAUUUGAAGAUAGAGUCAACGAGGCCGGCAACUCCCGUCUUACGUUGCUUCAUUUGAAUUUGUUCAAUUCGUUUUCGUUUAUUCUUUUGAUUCUUGGGAUUACACUAGACAUUCUUUGAUUCCUUCAAAUCAUGUGUGGACAUACAUUAUUCCUCCUAAUCUUAUAUUUUAUUUUAUUUUUGUAUUUGUUUUUAUUUUUUACUAACUAAUUGACACAAAUUAAUUAAAUUUUUGAAGUUUGAUUC